GUGCAAACUAAACAUUAUUCUCACAUUGUAAAGAGAACACAAAAGUUGUCAGUAUGCAAAAAACUAUUCUAGCAAUCGUAGCCUUGGCGCUCUUCGGCAUCGCUCAAGCACAAGUGCAAUUUAGCGGUGCUUGUCCCUGCAAUGUGCAGGUACAACCAGAUUUCGAUGUGGCUGCGUACUUGGGCUCCUGGUAUGAAUAUGCCAAAUAUCCUGUAUACUUCGAGGCUAACGGUAAAUGUGUAAAGGCUGAAUAUACGCUCAAGGACAAUGGUCAAGUGGGUGUGGUGAACAGCAUGAUCGAGGCAACCACCGACCAAACCUCUGACAUUGUUGGCUAUGCUGUGGUGGUCGAGAAUGCUAAGUUGCUAGUUACCUUCCCGGUUAGUCCUGCCUACAAUGUAUCAAGCAAUUAUUGGGUUUUGUCCACCGAUUACACCAAUUACAGCGUUGUUUACUCUUGUCAACCGACACAAGACGACUCACAUAGCCUUGUUGUUUGGAUCUUGACCCGUGAGCAAAACCCAUCUGCCGAACUUAUCGCGAAAGCUAAAGAUGUCCUGACUUCCAACGGUGUUUCCCUUAGCCCAUUGGUUGUCACCGACCAAAGCGGAUGUCAAGCUGCUGCAGCCGAUGGUGACGGUUGCGCGUAAAGGCCUGGAGAAUGUGACUUUAUGUGACAAUCAAAUGUGUCUAAAAUUUCGAACGUGUAGUAUUAUUUUGGCAUUAUUUUAUGUAUACAAAAUGUCAGUCAAAUAAAUCGAAGCAAUGAAAUUCGAAUAUAAA